AUGAGAUUACCUGUGAUAGCUGCAGUCCUUCUGCUGGGAGCAGUGAUACUACCAGCGAAUGAUUGCAGGGCAUACGCUGAUGAGGAGGAUAGCCUUGACGCCUUCGAGGAGGCGAAAUUACUCAGAGCCGCGUCAGAAACCAGCGAACAUGAAACCAACGCUGCCGAGAAUGAAUGGCUUGAUGAUAUGCGAGACGAGGAAGAAUAUGCAGAGCAAAUACGUGCAAGUGAGGAUGAGUCGAUUGAGGCAUCCUUGAAUGCAGAUGCUGAUGGUGAUGAAGCAGAGUUGGACGAAGACGAUGAACGUGUUGAGGAGAUCAUUUCCCUGAUUCAAGAGGGAGAUCAGGAUGAUGACGAAGACCAGGAUGAUGACGAUGAAGCUGAUGAGGAUGACGAUGCAUACAGCAAGUCGGCACAGCUAGCAGAAAGUGCCAGCCAAGUUCUUAACAACGGCGAAGCAAAUAAAUGGUUUUGGAGUCGAAGGCGAAGACGCACAGUUGUUGUCAAGCCCAGGCCGCGUCCAACAGAAGCGCCCAAAGACCCCCAGCCCAUGGGUAAUAUUGUACCAAAGGCUGGUAGGAUCACCGCUCGUAUUGUCGUGAGGACAAUGCACGGCUCUCGAACGCACGCGGGAUAUGGUGGUUGGCGUGGCGGACACGUAGUUAGCACUCGCCGACGCCGCAGACGCCGUCGCUGGGGCUGA